AAUCACCGUUGAUGGUUGAUUUGAGAUCAAAAUUAACUACGCUAAAAAAUAAUAAUAUUGAAAUAGAAAUCUAUUGGAUCCCCUCUCAUAGAGGUAUAGUUGGUAAUGAAGAAGUCGACAAACUGGCUAAGUCUGGUGCAUUGGGUGAAAUUCGAUUGCCUUUGGAUAUUCCCUCUUCUGAUUUAAUAUCUAUUUAUAAGAAACAAUGCAAUGUAGCAAAUAAGAACAAAUUUUUAUUGGAUAAAGAUACUAAAGGUAUUUUUUACUUUGAUAACUUUUAUAUUGAAACUAAAAAACCGUGGUAUAUCGACACGAAAGUACCAAGAAAAACUAUUAGUAUAAUUAAUCGUAUUAGAUCAGGCCAUACUCGUCUUAACUCAAGUCUUAUAAAGUAUAAAAUUGUUGAUUCUGACGUUUGUAAAUGUAGAAAGGAUUCUGAUACAAUAGAGCAUAUUUUUUGGGAUUGCGAACUACACGAAGAACAUAGAAAAAUUUUAUUAGAUAAUCUUUAUGCUCUCAAAUUGUAUGGUCCUUUCUCCAUUAUACCUUUUUUAUAUGAAAUGAAUCAUAGAAUUAUUGAACUUAUAUCUGAUUUUAUAAUUGCAAUUGAUCAAUGUAUCUAAAAUUAAAAUAAGUUUCAAUGGUAUAAUUGUAUUUUGAACGACCGAUCGAACGAAUGAAUUGUAAACGAUGGUUUUCUACGUUUUAGACACAAACUUGUAUAAUACUGUAUAUAACUAGCCUGAUUGUGACAUGGCAAUGUAACCUAUGUUAUAGCCAAUAAAAUUAUAAUAAAUCUAAUCUUAUUCUUUUUUGGCGCGCCAGCCCGCCAAUCCUGUCUGCUGUUUAUUGCCUCUUUGUUGCGAUUUGCGUGAAUUUGUGAUCGGUGUUGUGCUUAUGCCUAAAAGAAGUUAUGUUAGUUAACCUUAUAUGGAGAUAUUAUUAGUUGUUUAUUCUUUUUUUAAACUUAUCAAUGACCAGCGAAAUUUUCCCCGAAGCUAGAUUAAGAGCCAAAUUAAAAAGCCAGUUCGGCCAUGACAAUUAUAAAAGUGACUUGCAGAGAAAAGCAGCUGAAGCUGUUUACAAAGGAGAAAAAGAUGUAUACAUCUGUAUGCCAACUGGAUCUGGAAAAUCUUUGUGUUUUCAAUUACCAGCUGUUACAAAAGAAAAUUCUUAUGCUAUUGUCAUUUCACCCCUUAUAGCUCUUGUUAAGAAUCAACUAGACUAUUUAAAUAGUAAAAAUAUUGUCGCCCAUACUUUAAAUAGCAAGACUACAAAGAACAUGAGACUAGCUAUAAAAACAGAUAUGUUAUCGAGUAAACCAAAGAUGAAGCUUCUUUACGUAACUCCUGAAUUAUGCGACACAUCUACUUUCCAGCUUAUGUUAAGCCAAAUAAAACCAAAUGUGUUGUCUUAUUUUGUUAUCGACGAGGCACAUUGUCUCAGUCAAUGGGGCCAUGAUUUUAGACCUAGUUAUAGAAAACUCAUUGAAUUAAGAAAAAAGCGACCAGAAGUACCAAUUAUAGCUCUUACUGCCACAGCUGCGAAAGAGGUUAAAGAAGAUAUUUUUAAAACCUUGAAAAUGGAAAGUCCGAUGAUAUUUUCCACUCCAGUGUUUAGAACAAACUUAUUCUAUGAUGUGUGGUUCAUUGACGCCAUACCAGAUCCAUUUGAACAUUUAAAAAAAUUCAUCAACGAUUCUCUUGGACCAAAUGAUGAUUCAGUACCUAAAGAGAAGAAAAACUGUGGAAUAAUAUAUUGCAGAAAAAAAGAAACUACAGAAACAUUGGCUAGGAAGUUAUCUUCUAUGGGAAUUCCUACAUUGUCUUAUCAUGCUGGUUUGAAAAGUAAAGAAAGAAUGGAAGUUCAAGAUUCUUGGACUAAUGGUGUAGUCCCAGUCAUUGCCGCAACUUGUAGUUUUGGAAUGGGUGUAGAUAAGGGUUCAGUAAGAUUUGUUGCUCAUUGGACAGUUCCACAAACAAUUGCAAGUUAUUAUCAAGAAUCAGGUAGAGCUGGUCGAGAUGGAAAACAAUCGUAUUGUAGAGUAUAUUUCAGUCGAGAAGAAUUCAAUGCAAUUAGUUUCCUGUGCCAAAAUGCUGCAGAAGAAGAAUUAUCCACUUCACAGUAUAAGAGUAGGCAAGAUUAUCAGCAAGCUAAAAUGAAGUCAUUCAAACAAAUUGUAGAAAGUUUUACUGGUGUAAAGUGCAGGCACGCUUUGUUUUCAAAAUAUUUUGGUGACCCAGUGCCUCAAUGUAAAAAUAGGUGCGAUGUUUGUAAAAAUAAAGACGCUGUCAGAGAAAAGAUUUUACAUUUUGAAUCAUCGAAUCAUUAUAGCAGACCAAAAAAUCGUAAAGAACCUCUCGAAAGUUUUGGUAUGGAUAAAUACGAUAAUGUUACAUAUGACAGUGAUUCUGAAGGAUCAGGAGAGCGAGAGCAACUGGAUAAACAGGCAAGACUAGAGGAAAGAAAAUUAAUAAAUGAGCAAUUUCAACUUCGAAGAGGUGGAAAAUUACAAGAUAAUGAGAUACGUCAAAUCAAUUUACAGUAUGCAAAGAAAUCAUGUGUUAUUGCAGCCGAUAGUACUGACAUCAAAGUUAAGGGAUUGACUGUAAACGUGCGAGAACAUUUUUAUAGUAAAAUAAAUAUUUGUUUGUUGGAUAACUUUAAACUAUGUGGGCAUGAAUGUGAUAAACAAUUAACAGAAAAAGAUAUUGAUGAAAUAGCUCGCAAAGUGGAGUACAAUAUUAUCUGCAGUACAAAGGCAAUUUCUCGAUAUAGAUUUUUAACAACUCAAAAGAUUUCACAAAUUCAAAAGUACACAAAAAAUAUAGAACUUUGCAAAGACUUUAAAAACAAUGGAAACUCUCAUACAGAAAGUGAAUUCGAAGAAAAAGAGCUAGAAUAUCAAGAAGCUGAAGACUCAAAAAUUAAAGAUGCUGAUUCAAAUCCAUGUGGUGGUUUUACAACAGCUCUAGAAUUAGAUAGAAUGAAAAAAAGUUCAAUAUCAACUACAGAAUCGAGAAGACCAAUUAAGAUUUUCUCAUCAUCAAAAUCAGAUACAUCCAAUGCAAAUACUUGUAAUGGAUUUAAAACAGCCUUAGAAAUUUCAAAAACGAAUGCCAAAAAUAGCAAAUUAAAGAAACAAACAGAUUCUCGUUCCAUCACAGAUUUUUUUAAAAGUAAUUCUAAAAAUAGUGAAGCUACAAAAAUUGAAAACAAAGAUGAGUUUGAUAGAGAUGCAAUAAAAGAAUCUGAGAAUAAUAUUACUGAAUUAAUUGAAAAUCACAAUCAUUUUGAAAAAGUGGAAAACUUAAAGAAUAAAACAGAUUUCAAAGAAAUUUCAGACGAUAAUAAAAGUGAAGCAUAUGCAAAUGUGAUAGGCUUUGAUGACAACAAUUGCAUAGAAAAGAAUUUAGAAAGAAAAAUGAUUAAAACCAAAUCAGAAGAAAAUAUGAUCAACAGCGGAGAUACAAUAGAAUUAAAGCAUUCAGAGAAAUUGGAAAGUAAAAAAUCUAAACGUGUAAACUCUUUCAAGCCUAAAGUUCCUACAAAGACUAAAUUAGCUACCAAAAAUGCCUUACUUUUUGGUGACGAUUUAUCGCCACAAAGAGGCGAGAAUAAAGAUGUUCUUGAAAUACUUGAUAGUACCAGCCGUAACAAAGCAAAGAGUACAAAUGAAAUAUCUAAAAAUGAAAAUGAGAAUAAAAUUGAGAUUGAAAAGUCAGUUUUACCAAGAACUAAUCACGCAGAUAUUAAAAAACUUGAAAAUUACAAUAAACGUCCGUAUAAAGAUACAAAAGAUUCAGAAAGUACAGAUACAGAUAUGGUUCCAGAUUCUAAACGUCAAAAACUGAAUGACGAAGUACCGACAAAUAAAUCUCCAGAGUCGAUAAAAAUUCACAGAAAAACUUUUCACAUUUUAAAACCAAUUGUAAUGAAAUAUUACGUCAGUCCUUAUAUUCCUGAUGCUGCCAAAUUCAAAAGUAUUUUUAAAAAAAUUCACAUGGAUAUAUUGGACAGAAAAAUACAUGAUGAAGGUGGUAUAAAAACGUUAGCCGUUAGGAGAAUAAAGUCAAAGAAAUAUCUUAAUGACUAGGAUCAAUAUUUUGAAUGAACAACUCAGGUUAUUUGUGCUUCCUAACAAUCGGCUCAUUAAUUUAAUUAUUUGUUAUUCAUAACUUGUAAAUAUAUUUAUUUUGUUUAUCGUUGAAUGAUAAAUUAUCAUUGAUUGAUAGGGAUUAAUUGUACAUCAGCAUACUUAUACAUACAUAAUGAUCAUCUUCAAUAUCGUUCGUCACGCAUAAAAAUUCGAAAAUAGAAUUAUACUUAUUUUGAAUAAUUCAUGGUGUUAUUUUUUAUGGGGAAUGUAAAAUUCUUUAUAACUUAUACACUAGAUAAAGUUAUAUAUUUAUACAAAUAUACUUUCAGGUUUAAAACGA